AUGCAGGUUCCAUCAUUUUCCUCUUCCUCUUCUAUGUUGACUGAAUUCAUACUCCUGAGUUUUCCCUGCUCCAGAGAGCUUCAGCUCUUCCUCUUUGUGCUAUUCUCUGUGUCCUAUAUCCUGACACUGGUGGGGAAUGGGGCCAUUGUCUGUGCAGUGAAGCUGGAUCGCAAACUCCAUACACCCAUGUACAUUCUGCUGGCCAACUUCUCCUUCCUGGAGAUCUGUUACAUCAACACCACUGUUCCCAAUAUGUUAAGGAACUUCUUAUCUGAGAUCAAAACCAUCUCUUUCCCUGCCUGCUUCCUCCAGUUCUACUUCUUCUGCUCCAUGGGCACCACUGAGACCUUCUUACUUCCCCUCAUGGCUUUUGAUCGGUACUUGGCUAUUUGUUGGCCUCUCCACUAUCCUACCAUCAUGAGCAUUCACCUUUGUGUGAACUUGGUGGCCCUCUGCUGGGUAACGGCUUUCCUCUGCUACCUUGUCCCUAUCUAUUUUAUCACACAACUCCCCUUUUGUGGCCCCAAUACCAUUGACCACUUUAUCUGUGACCCUGGUCCUCUUCUGGCCCUGUCCUGCCUCCCUGCCCCUGGAAUUGAGCUUUCCUAUUCUAUAUUGAGCUCUCUUAUUAUCUUCAUCACUUUCUUCUUUAUCCUUGGAUCCUACACCCUGGUUCUCAGAGCGGUGUUGCGUGUUCCAUCAGCAGCCGGCAGACGUAAGGCCUUCUCCACCUGUGGUUCCCACUUGGUUGUAGUGUCACUGUUCUAUGGAACCCUCAUGAUCAUGUACAUCAGCCCAACCCCUGGAAAUCCAUCUGGGAUACAGAAGAUUGUAACCUUGUUUUACUCCUCGGUGACCCCACUUGUAAACCCACUGAUCUACAGUCUCCGGAACAAGGACAUCAAGGCUGCCUUGAGAAAACUUCAGGUGUGCACAAAAAUUAGUCAAAGUGAAUGAGAGCUCAUGAGUGGAUCAAGAUCAGAAUUAUUAUUUUCCACAUUUGUAUUCCCAGUUUAAAAGUAGGUCUUUAUUCAU